AAUAAGAAAGCUGACCCAGGCUGUGCAUACAAGCCAACAGAGAUUGAGCAAUUAGCAAAUGUCUUAACCCAUGGCAUUUGGAUUGUGCCCGCAGUAAUAUGUGCCAAUAAGUUAUUCGAACGAUCUAAAACGUCGAGCCAAUAUUAUUUCCACUGUUCCUGUUUCUGUGAUAAUAAGGUUGGUAUCAAAAAUGUUCUACAUCGCUGUGAUCGUGCUAUGAUUUACAUAUUCAUAGCUGCGUCAUAUUUUCCUUGGCUGCAGUUAGAGAAUCCCAACCAUUCCGCGCUUCUCAUAUGCUUGGAAUGGGUUAUUUGGUUAAUGGCAGCAAUUGGUAUCACAUAUCAACAGAUCUUUCACGAACGAUUUAAAUGUUUGGAUGUUUUUUACAUACUCAUGGGAUUAGGCCCGGCUUUAGCAGUGUUCGGGACGGGUCAUGAAUUUCCUGGUAUGACAGAACUUAAAUUGGGUGGAUUUUUCUAUAUUGUGGGGAUAUGUUUCUUUAAAUCGGACGGUCUGAUACCAAUGGCUCAUGCCAUAUGGCAUUUGUUUGUGGUAAUAGCUGCCGGUUUUCAUUAUUAUGCUAUUCUAGUUCAUUUAUAUCCCUAGAAGAUAGUAAUUCCAAUGUUUAGCACCUUGAUCUUGAUGAAUUAUUUACAUAAGACAUUUAGAUUUUAUUUCUUCCAACAAUCAUAUAUUUCUUAUGAUUAUACAUCGGAAUUC